AUGAGUUAUGAGUUAAGAUUGCAGUGAGGGGAAAUUCUUAUUUUUCUUUAUAUUUAACGUAAAGUGCAUUGAAGCUCCGGCAUUCUGCGACUAUAUAAGUUUAUCAUUAUUAUUAUUAUCAUCGUCAUCAUUAUCCCAUCAUCAUUAUUAUAGAACAGUAUUUUUUUACUGACCAGAUUUACUAGAAUUAUAGUGUAAUCAAAUAUAUCAAUGAUGUUCAGUAUAGUGAAUUGGUAAAAUAAUUUGUUCAUUGUUAGUUUGUAAAAACUAACCAGGUAUCAUCCGGUCUGCUUCAGAACCACCACACAACAAAGAUACUGUUGUGCUUCUUUGUUAACUGUAAUUAUUUAACCUCAUCUCAAGUGUCUCUAGGAUUCUGUACUAAACUAAUAUUUUGUGUCAUUACCCACAACUUAAAUCACACCUUAUUAUUUGAAAUCUUUGAGAAGAAUAAUCUCCAAAAAUAAGACGCAACCCUAUUGUGAAUAAUUGUACCAACUUGUUACAUGUAACAUCUAUUUUGUCAUUUAUAAUCGAAUGACAGUGAUCCACAGUUCAAUUAUGGAUUAAGAAGUUAUCUUAUAAAUAUUCCUUUCUAAUUUGUUUGAUCCUGUCUUUCCUUGUGAUCUCUUCCGAGUUUAAUCAUUCGAUUGGCUUAAAUACCACAACAAUUCACCAAUAGUUUACUAAGGGAAUAGGAUGGUAUAAAAGCAAAGAUCUACUCCUGAGUCUAGUGUAUUUCCAGGCUGCCUGUAGCAACGGUUACAACUUAGUUGAUUCUUGUGCACACCUUAAAAAUGGAAUACAGUUGGCAGAUCAUCUUUGUGUUGGCAUUGUUGACAAGUUUCUACGAUGUAGAAGCAAAAGAGUACCGUCGCAUUUGUUAUUAUACAAAUUGGUCGCAAUACAGAACCUCAAGUGUCUCCAAGUUCCUGCCAGAGAACGUUGAUCCCUAUUUGUGCACGCACAUUGUUUAUGCUUUUGCAAAGAUUGGGUACGGAAACGUUUUACAGGCUUACGAAUGGAACGAUGAGUCAACUGCUUGGAGUGUCGGCAUGUAUGAUAAGGUGAACAACCUCAAGUUGAAGAACCCAUCACUGAAGGUUUUGUUGGCUGUGGGCGGGUGGACUUUUGGUAGCCUUGGAUUCACCAAAAUGGUGGCAACAUCAUCAUCGCGUCGCCAAUUCAUAACCACAAGUAUUUCAUUUCUGAGAAAGCAUGGGUUUGACGGUUUGGACAUAGAUUGGGAAUACCCUGCUGACCGUGGUAGCCCAUCUCAAGACAAAUACCGUUUUACCACCCUAGUCCAGGAAUUGAGGGCAGCAUAUAAUGCAGAACCUGUUCCAGCCGGGAAAGAUCGACUACUGCUAGCAGCAGCAGUGUCUGCCGGUGAAGCAAAGAUUAACAAAGGAUAUGAAAUUGCCAAACUAGCCAGAGAAUUGGAUUGGGUUGGAUUGUUGUCGUAUGAUUUUCAUGGAAGCUGGGACAGAAGCACUGGACAUCACAGCGCCCUCUAUUCCCACGACACAGGCACUGCAAAUGGAAAACUUACAAUAAAAUGGGCUGCAAAAAAAUGGCUUGAUGGGGGCACACCAAGAGACAAGCUUGUGAUAGGAAUGGCAACAUACGGAAGAUCAUUUACCCUGUCUGGUGGGGACACGCGUUUAGGAGCCCCUGUGAAAGGUGGUGGCCUAGCAGGAAGACACACAAGAGAGGCUGGUUUUCUUUCUUAUUAUGAGGUCUGUCAGAUGAUAUCAAGUGGUGGUACGUCUGUGUACAGCCCAUCCAUCAUGGCGCCUUACGCUUACAAAGGAACACAGUGGGUCGGAUAUCACAAUACAGACAGCUUUAGGACUAUUCUCCAGUGGGUAAAAUCUGAAAACUUAGGUGGGGUGAUGGUUUGGUCACUUGAUCUUGAUGAUUUCUCUGGGAGAGGAUGUGGACAAGGAAGAUUUCCGCUUAUCAACGCCAUUAAGCAAGAGCUUAGUGAACAAGGUCCAGUUGUACCCCCUCUUCCUGUUCCAGUGGUUCCCCCGGUUCGACCCGAUCCAGUUGUGCCACCUGUUCGACCAGAUCCAGUAGUAACACCAGUUCGACCAGAUCCAGUAGUGACACAAGCUCCACCAGAUCCAAUGGGGACACCUGCUCGACCAUAUCCAGUUGUGACCCAGGCACGACCAGAUCCAGUUGUGACCCAGGGUCCACCAGAUAUUCCCACUUCCGGAGUCUUCCAAUGUCCGACGUCUUUUGGAUUUUAUGUCGAUCCAACUGAUUGUAGCUUUUUCUACAUUUGCGCUCAUUUCUUAGCUCAUCAUCGUCAAUGUACAAGAGGGACUGGGUUCAAUGGUCGCAUUUGUGAUUGGAAAUACCGCGUAGCUUCAUGCCAAAAUUGAACAUCUGUGAUUGGUUGAUUUUAAAUAAUAUUCAUUCACAUUCAACAUCAAGAAACCCACCAAUUACAAGAUGGAACGAUGCUUUAUUAACUAAAUUUCUUUAUAAAACUUACUGAGUGGAACGUUAUCAGAUACUUAAAAGAUGACUUUUUUUACCAAUAAUUCAGUGCUUUAGAAACACUGCCAAUGUUAACAGUUAUCUUCAGUAAUUUCUAUAUAUUAAAUAAAUCUUUAAUUCAACCAAUCAGAGGCUUCGAUAGACAUGUGGUAAGUUUACUGUAAUUCAACUUGAUGUCUUUAUUGAUUUGUUGUCUUGUAUCUAUGUAUUUAGUUAUGUAUUUAAGUUAUUGAUCUAUUUAUUUAUAUAGGCAUAUUGUAUCAAACAAAAUGUCAUAACAGUUUACCAUUAUUUGACAAUAAAAGCACAAUAAUUCAUAA